AUGUCUUUUGGCUUUGGAAACACUGCAAACACCCUUGGUGAUGGCGGUGCAGCUGGAGUAGAAGCAUCCGUUGGACCUGACUUGGAGACGAUACAGACUGAGGGUCUCGGAUUCCCGCCUCUUGCUGGCGAGGCAAAGGUUCGCCUAACUUCACCAUGGCCUUCUUUACCUGCCCAGACAUCAAGUCUACUUAGUAUCGCCUCCCGAAGGGGCCUUGUGGCUGCUGCCGGCCCCGACCAAGUAACCAUUGCUACGACCGAGUCCGUUCGAAAAGCUUUCACCUCCCCAAAGGAUGGCGAGUCAGAAGUUCGCUCCUUUGAACCCCAACUCAAAAUCCCUAUGCCUAUGCGCAUUUCGCAUCUUGCUUUCACUGCAGAUGAAAACCAUCUAAUAUUGUCGGCAGAGUCGGGUGGCGGCCUCGCAGUCUAUGAGGUGCAGAGCCUCCUCCAGGGGUCGUCGAAUUCUGCUUUUGAGCUAUCCACAAAUGGCGAAUCUUUGCUGUACCUGGCGCCCAAUCCUGUGGCGGGAAAAUCUGAGCUCUGUGCUGUCGUGACUAGCAAUGGAAACCUGUACAUGGCGAACUUUAAGGAACGGAGCUUGAGUAACCCCUUGAAAACUCAAGUGAGUUGCCUCAGUUGGAGUGCCAAGGGCAAGCAGCUUUGCGCUGGUAUGGCUGAUGGGACUAUCUCUCAAAUGACUCCUGAGGGCGAUAGCAAGGGGAAUAUUCCCAAGCCUCCAAAUUCAGGAGACUGUCACGUCUCUUCCCUCAUAUGGUUGGAAAACAACUUAUUCCUUACCAUUCAUAGCAUGACACACGAGUCACCGCCCAGCUCUAUAUAUCACAUUAUCAGCCGGCAACCACCAUCGUCAUUCACAUUCCAAAAAUUAACGGAUCCCGUCGAGCCUUUUGGGGCAGAGAAACCCCCUCACCACGCCAUCUUGCGGUUAAGGGACUUUUCAGACCUGCAGGAUCUUCUCAUCGUGUCCUCCACUGCCUCAACGGACGUUGGAAUUUUGACAAGGUCAAAGACGCCGCUGGCUCACGACAAGCCAGCCGACUCCAUCACCAAUGUGUUCACUACUACUGAAAUCUUGGGGGAUGCGAGACGACCUACUUUGCCUAUGACGGAGAGCAUGGAUGACUCAGUGGCUAUUGGCGUAGCUCUGGAUCUUUCCAGCAAAGACCCGGUUUACAAGCCCAUUCCAUCAGACGAAGAACUAGACCAGUCCUCGGGACCUCUACCCGGAUUCUGGGCUCUGACCAAUGAAGGCGUUCUUUGCUCGUGGUGGUUAGUAUACAAUGAAGCAGUUAAAAAGGGACAAAACUAUUCUGGUUUAGCCAUGAUGGAUAGUACAGUCCAGUCAGCACCAGCCUCAACACCCACAGCAGCAGCAACUUCUGCCUCUCCAUUUGCCGCUGCUUCCUCAACUCCCUUUGGCUCGUCUACAACACCGAUCGCACCACCGGCUUUUGGAAGUUCCUCACAGCUGGGACAGAAAUCUUCACCAUGGGGGGCGUCAACUACAACACCAGCAACUUCCACAGGGGGCGUUGCAUUUGGCUCCAGCACUUUUGGCAGCUCGCCAUCUGGCACAGGCUCAGCAUUUGGCAAAACCAGCUCCUUGGGCUUUGGCCAAUCCUCGCAGUUGGGUAUGAGAACGUCUCCGUGGGCACCAGGCGCUGGUUCGAAGCCUGCGUUUGGGCAGUCAGGUUUCUCUAGCUUUGCUAGCGGAGGCAACAAUCAAAGUCCCUUUGGUUCCGCCACUUCCACUUCCAACACCAGUGAUGCAGCACCUGCAGCACCAUCAACUGGAAGCGGCUUUUCCGCAUUCUCUUCUCAGGGCGGAUUUUCAGCAUUAGGUGGCAACAAUAGUAGUUCAGGCGGAUUCGGAAAGGGCAGUACGUUUGGUGCGAGCACUUUUGGUACACUGGCGAAAUCCAAUACCUCAGCAGACACUGCUUUCCCUGCUAAACAAGACAAACCACUUGCAAACCCUUUCGCGUCAUCAACACCGUUUAAGCUAGAAUCGUCCUUCAAACCGGACCCAUUCCAAAAUGAUUCGAACGAGAAGCCUUCCACUACUUUUGGCGGCUCGAUGUUCGGAAGCGCAUUCGGAUCGGCUUUGGGGGCUGUCGCCACCAGCAAACCCAGUGAAGCCACACCUUCGGCCAAGGAUGAGGACAUGGAUACAACUGAAACCACUGAAGAGACUCCUCAGAGCAAGUCUCGAUCGAUUUUCCCACUCCAGCAACCCCAAGAAUCCACUACUCCAACAACGACUCCUGGACCUUCAAGGUUUAGCUUCGCAACAUCAUCAACUCCCGGAACCUCACUUUUUGGACAAGCGACCAAAACAGAAACACCUUCUACUGGCUUAUUUGGCACUCCUACAGACACUCCGAAACUUGGCGGGUUUUCUCUGUUUGGAUCAUCCAAAGCUACCGAUUCAGCUACCGGGGAACCUAAGGUCGAAGUUGAAGAAGAAACUCCCUUGCCACCUGACACAACAAGCAAAGCUGCUUAUCCUGUGGAUGGUUCUUCAUCUUCCUCGGCAACAUCUAAUCGUACCCAAUUAUUUGGAUCAACUACUACGCCCUUGAAGCAUGAUUCUACGCUUUCAUCAUCCGAUUCUGCAACCCCGAAACCCUCCUUGACCCAACCCGAUGCUUCGCUGCCGUCCGUCUUUUCAAAAACGGUCAAGCAAGCGGAACCUAGCCCUAAACCUGACGUCAUCAAGGUCACCGAACAGGUCGAAAACCCUAUUGUUGUUGAGGAUGCUCCGCUGCCACCCGACUUCACCAAGAAGCCCUCUAUUCAGACUUCGCUACCUGCUGAUUCCACCCAGGCCACGACCACAGCCAAUGGCAAUGAUGCGCCAGCGGCGGCAGGCUUUGUUUUGCCAGGGCCCCCUUCAAAAGAGCCGUCGAGCAUACCCUCCCUCCCAGAAACAACGGAAGACGAUGAGAGUGACCUGGGUGAGGAUGAAGUCUCAGAAGGAAGCGGAGUAGAUGUCGCAAAGGACCUAAGCCCAGUGACGAGUGGCCUGAACAUCACGCCUGGUUUCACCCCUCAAAGUUCGUUCGGCGGCAUUGCAGGGGCGACACCGGCCUCUGUCCGACCCGAAGAUAGGGCUCGUCCACUGUUUGGAGAAAUCAGUCGCGGUGCACCCGCCCUUUUCCCCAAGCCAAGUCAGGCUAGUCCCCGUUCGCCUAGUCCUGUGCGCGGUGCUGUACCCCAGAGAGUGAUUAGAUCCGAUGCUACACGGUCGGUUAGUGCUCCCGGUGUGGCAUCACAGAUUCUUGGAGCGAAGCAGUCUCAAAUGCACCCCGGCAGCUCCAUCAUCAGUAGCAGGGAGAAACAGCCGCCGGGCGAGGAUCCGUUUAUGCUUCAGCAUAGACGUAUGAGGGAGCGACAAGAGGCGGAAGAGACUCAGCCUCUGGUUGACGAGGAGGAUGAAGAAAUGCAAAAGGUGCUUUCUUCCGAAGUUGAAGGCACCUUGCAACUUGAUGAAUUUAUUGCGCACUCAAAUGUUGCCCCGCCUGCGAAAGAAAGUGUUCCUUCUCAAGUGGAAGCUGUGUAUCGUGAUAUUAACUCUAUGAUUGAUACACUGGGCCUCAACGCGCGGGCGGUCAAGGCAUUCACAAAAGGUCACACUGAGAAUGCCGCGGAAGAUGGCCGAAGUAAACAAGAUCUUGAGAUUCCGGAUGAUUGGGUUCUAUGCGAGAUUAAUGACUUGGGCGAAGUCCUCGACAACGAGCUGCACUCAGAUCUCGAGAACGGUCGCGUGCAAAACUUGGAUGACAAGUUGGACGCCUGUCAAGACCUGUCACGAGAUAUGCAGCGACUACGAGCUAAACAAGAAGACCUCAAAAGAGUCAUUAUGACUCGAACGGACCCAGAACAGGCUGAACAAGCCCGAACGCUACCCCUCAGCGCAGAACAAGCUGCUCAACAGAAUGAAUUACGAAGGGAAUUUACCAACUUUACGAAGCUUCUGACAGAGGCAGAGGAGGCAUUGACUCUUCUCAAGACCAGAAUUGCAGCUAUGUCAAGCUCAUCAGUCAGAGGAAGCGCCAAUGUACCCACAGUCGAAGCGAUCAUGCGCACCAUUUCGAAGAUGACCUCAAUGGCUGAAAAGCGAAGCGGAGACAUCGACGUGUUGGAGACGCAGCUGCGCAAGAUGAAACUCGGGUCAACAAGCCGUGAGGCAUCUCCAAUGGUGACACCACAAGCGAGAAAGAGCAUCAUGAUGUCCCCAGACGUGACUCCGUCCCGCAACUUCCGCCACAGCCUGACGAUGUCAUCUGGUGUAAUGUCCCGGGACGCGGCGAUGAAGGGCACGCCACCAAGGAAGAAACUUAGCGGGUUUAGCAAGGAUGAGAAAAGUGAUUUGAUGGAAAAAAGGGCUAGGCGUCAGGCCGUACUAUCAAAGUUGAAGGACAGUGUGGGCAAACGAGGCGUUAAUGUAUGGAACUUGGAAGAUAUCGAUUAG